CCGGAGCCUGUCUGGGAGUCCGAGCGAGGCGGCUCCAUCCCCGCAGCUUCCGCGGAGCCCCGAGAUGCGGCAGGCCUGGGGUCGCGGGUCCCUCGCGCUCCUGCUCCUUCUGCUCGCAGACCUGACUCUGCCAGGCAAUGGCAACGAGGGCAGCGUCACUGGAAGUUGUCACUGUGAUAAAAUAAUUUCUUCGGACUCCUCGCCAUCGGCUCAGUACUUCUAUCACCUCCGAAAACAUCUGAAAUCUUACCAUCACUGUCCGCGCUACAUCAGGUUCCAGCUGCCUCUCCGAAGCGUGUGUGGGAGCAGCAAGGACCCAAGGGUACAGGAAUUGAAGAACUGCCUUGAUCGCAGAGAAUGCGGACAUGGUUACUUGGGGAGUGCAGCCCACCAGGAGCAUUUGCCUUCUACCAGCCCCCCUACUUCUCGGGCUUCAGAGGGGACAGCUUCAGACAUCCGUACCCCUGCCCAGAUGCUCCUGUCCACCUUGCAGCCCACCCACUCACCAGGAUCACCAUCCUUGGACAAAGAGCUCACCCAUCCCAGUGAAACCACCAUUCCCACUGCUGGCCACAAUCUAGGAGUUGGACCUGAGGCUGGAGAGAACCAGAAGCAGCUGGAAAAAGCAGCUGAUCCUGCAGCCGGGACAUCAGCCAUAGCACCUGUGCUGUCCCUCCUGGCCAUCGUCUUCAUCCUCACAGCAGUUCUUUCCUAUGUGUUAUGCAAGAGGAGGACGGGGCAGUCACCGCAGUCCCCUCCAGAUUUGCAGCUUUAUUAUACACCUGUGGCACCUGACUCUAAUAUCUGAGAAAUGGGCUCUCACUAUGUCGCCCAGGCCGUUCUGGAACUCAUGUCAAGUGAUCCACCCAUCUUGGCCUCCUGAAGUGUGAGGAUUAUAGUCGUGGCCUACCACAUCCACCCUACAUGUAUUCACUCUGUUGGAGCUCAGAACGACACCCCAAAACAUGGCACCUUGGUAGUUAAGAAAACAGCAGAUGUAGGCCAGGCACAGUGGCUCACGCCUGUAAUCCCGGCACUAUAAAAAAUUAGAAAUUUUUUAAAAUUAAAAAAAAAUUUUUAAAAGAUUAUACUAUAAAAUCUGCUUUUUAUACUGGGUGAUAAUAACUUGGACAAAUUCUAUAUGUAUGUUUCUUCAGCUUUUUGUUUUUUUGAGACAAAGUUUCACUCUUGUUGCCCAGGCUGGAGUGCAAUGGUGCGAUUUUGGCUCACUGCAACCUCUGCCUCCCAGGUUCAAGUGAUUCUCCUGCCUCAGCCUCCCAAACAGCUGGUGAGGAGGGAGACCCAGGCAUUUGGGAUUCCCUCACCCUCUGUCAUCCACUGUGCAUCUCAAUAAAAGAGAGAGCAGGCCAGCUAGUGCCUCCUGAAUCUCCUUCCUGAAAACAACAGGCUAAACCUUGGGGAAACUCUCAAGGUUUUUACUUAAAACAAGAUCAAACCAGAAACCUUUUCACAUGUGAGUCCUAAAACUAUAAACUGGAACCCGUUCAUAUGUGAUUCCUAAAAUUGUAAACAGAGACCUUUUCACAUGUGAGUCCUAAAACUGUAAACCGGAACCCUUUCAUAUGUGAUUCCUGAAACUGUAUACGAGACCUUUUUACAUUUGAAUCCUAAAACUGUAAACCGGAACCCUUUCAUAUAUAAUUCCUGAAACUGUAAACUAAAACCUUUUCACAUGUGAGUCCUAAAAAUAUGAACCUAAGAUUCUUCCACGGGUAACAUCUAAAGUAUAAGCCUAUAUAAAGGCUGAACCUCCCUUUGUUAGACAAGCUUAGCUGUUAGGCACCUAUGCCACCUUGCUCCCAGCUGAAAUAAAUUCCUUCCUCCUGUAUUCAGUGUUCGAGAGAUCCUUUCCCGCGGCUGCUACUGCUACACUGGGAUUACAGGCUUGUGCCACCGUGCCCAGCUUAUUUUUUGUGUUUUUAAUAGAGAGGAGGUUUCACCGUGUUAGCCAGGAUACUCUUGAUCUCCUGACUUAGUGAUCCGCCUGCCUUGGCCUCCCAAAGUGCUGAGAUUACAGGUGUGAGCCCCCGCCUGUGUAUUUUUUUUUUUGAGAUGGAAUCUUGCUCUGUCUCCCAGUCUGGAGUGCAGUGGUACAAUCUUGGCUCACUACAACCUCCACCUCCUGGGUUCAAGCGAUUCCUGUACUUCAGCCUCCCAAGUAGCUGGGAUUACAUGUGCCUGCCACUCCACCCGGCUAAUUUUUGUAUUUUUAGUAGAGGCAGGGUUUCACCAUGUUGGCCAGGUUGGUAUCGCACUCCUGACCUCAAGUGAUCCGCCUGCCUCAGCCUCCCAAAGUGCUGGGAUUACAGCCGUGAGCCACCGUGCCUGACCCUAUGUGUUUAACUACUAAAAAUUAUUUUUAUAAUGAUUGAGUCUUCUUUACAGAGACAACUGGCCUCAGGCCCUUGCACACCCACCAUGAUUCCUGGGUUCAGUUUCUUUGCGAUGGCUCCCCCUCACCCCAACUCUCCCACUAUACCAGUUGUUCCUCCUCCACCUCAGCCUUCUUCUGCUUCCUUUACUAGCCCUGCAAUGAAGGCCUGGGAUUUCCCACCCUCCCUCCUUAGCAGGUGCAGUGCUGGGAUGCCAUCUGGGCUGGUUUUACUUCCUCAGUCCCUUGCAUACCCCAGUAAGACUCUGAUCUUCUUUUUAUUGUUGUUGCUUUUAUUAUUAAACUCUAGUUCUUAUUUUGUCUCUCCCAGUGAAGAAGAAUGUUAUCUUCCUUAGGCCAAGUCUGCGUGAAGCCUGAGGCAGAAGCAUGAAGUGUUUGAGGAAGUGGGUUGGAUGUGUGAGUUUCCAUCUCUGUUCAAGCCUGUCAGGGUGUUGGUGGAGUGCAGGGCAGGAGCACUCUGCUGGAGAGGCCAGGGCAUAGCUCUGGGCAGGCUCGGGCUUCAGUUUUUCCAUGCCCACCAUUUGCUCCUUUGUCUUUGACAGAGUUUCACGAAGUUGGCCAGGCUAGUCUCGAACUCCCGACCUCAUGUGAUCUUCCAGCCUUGGCCUCCCCAAGUGUACUUUGACCAGCAGGGCAUGUAGGUGCCCAUGCUCCCUAUCCUACAUGUUCCCAGGUUCUGUCCCAUGGUGCAGGCGAUGGUCUCCCUCUGAGCUCUGGAUCCACCUCCCUGGCCUAGUUCUCCAGCAUCUGCUCACAGGUUCGAGCCACAUCACUGAGCUUGAGGCGGGCAUAGUCUACUCGCUUCAGAGCCAUCUGACAGUCCUUCCUUGAAGAGUAGCUGGAGCCCUCAUGGGGCUGCCCUGUGGCCACCUACAAGACAGACUAUCAAUGGAGCACCAUCUCCUUUGCCCUUACUCCAACCAGGCAUCAGGUCUCGUCUCAUUUCUUUCCUGAGUUUGAAUUUGUUAUGCCGGAUGGUAGCUGGAUAAAUAAAUCAUUUAACUUAUGCUAA